CAGAGUCGCUGAUUCAGCAGAUCCGGACUCCCGGCCCAGUAACGUGACUGAUACAGUGGAACUGCCCUUCUGCCCCUGGGGGCGGGACUGUGGGAGCAGCGAUGGCAGCAAUAGGGGUGCAGGUGCAGAAGCCCCGCCUCCCUCAUGGCACCAUGUUCUUCGAGAUGUUCCUACGGGUUCUGAUCACAGUCGGUUCUGCCCUGGCCGUUAUCCUCUCCUCCAUUUCUGUGUGUGACGGCCGGUGGGUCUCCGCCCCCGAGGAGCCGACAUUCGGGGUUUGGGACACCUGCAAUCAAGGCUCCGCCCAGUGCGGCGAGGAUCUGAUGUGGCUGAGCCAACGAAUGGCGCUGGUCCGUACCACCGUGUCCGUGGGGGUGGUGGUGGCCAUAUUCGGCCUGGAGUUGCUGAUGGUCUCACAGCUGUGUGAGGAUGGCCACGCCCACAGGAAGUGGAACAUGGGGUCCGUCCUGCUGCUCGUCUCCUUCCUGCUGUCCUCUACGGGCACCCUGACCUACGUCACCCUACUGAUGGGCACUGCCCGCCUGGGCACCUUCACCCUCCUCUUCUGGUGCCAGUUUGUGGGGGUAUUUCUGUUCUUCCUGAAUGGCAUCAGUGGCAUUUACUUCAGCCGGCUGGCAGCUUGAGCCCCGGGGUGGGGGCCACUGUGUUGCUCUGCCGGGGGGCACUGCUAUGGGGGCCACUAUGUAGCACUGCUAUGGGGGCCACUGUGUAGCACUGCUAUGGGGGCCACUAUAUAGCACUGCUAUGGGGGCCACUAUGUAGCACUGCUAUGGGGGCACUAUGCUGCUAUGGGCCUUGUAGCACUGCUAUGGGGGCCACUAUGUAGCACUGCUAUGGGGGCCAUUGUGUAGCACUGCUAUGGGGGCCACUAUAUAGCACUGCUAUGGGGGCCACUAUGUAGCACUGCUAUGGGGGCCACUAUGUAGCACUGCUAUGGGGGCCACUAUAUAGCACUGCUAUGGGGGCCACUGUGUAGCACUGCUAUGGGGGCCACUAUGUAGCACUGCUAUGGGGGCCACUAUGUAGCACUGCUAUGGGGGCCACUAUGUAGCACUGCUAUGGGGCCACUGUGAAGCACUGCUAUGGGGGCCACUAUGUAGCACUGCUAUGGGGGCCACUGUGUAGCACUGCUAUGGGGGCCACUGUGUAGCACUGCUAUGGGGGCCACUGUGUAGCACUGCUAUGGGGGCCACUAUGUAGCACUGCUAUGGGGGCCACUAUGUAGCACUGCUAUGGGGGCCACUAUGUAGCACUGCUAUGGGGGCCACUGUGAAGCACUGCUAUGGGGGCCACUGUGUAGCACUGCUAUGGGGGCCACUGUGAAGCACUGCUAUGGGGGCCACUGUGAAGCACUGCUAUGGGGGCCACUAUGUAGCACUGCUAUGGGGGCCACUGUGUAGCACUGCUAUGGGGGCCACUAUGUAGCACUGCUAUGGGGGCCACUGUGUAGCACUGCUAUGGGGCCACUGUGAAGCACUGCUAUGGGGGCCACUAUGUAGCACUGCUAUGGGGGCCACUGUGUAGCACUGCUAUGGGGGCCACUGAAGCACUGCUAUGGGGGCCACUAUGUAGCACUGCUAUGGGGGCCACUGAAGCACUGCUAUGGGGGCCACUGUGUAGCACUGCUAUGGGGGCCACUGUGUAGCACUGCUAUGGGGGCCACUAUGUAGCACUGCUAUGGGGGCCACUAUGUAGCUCUGCUGGGGGGCAACUACUAUGGGGGCCACUAUGUUGCUCUGCCGGGGGGCAACUGCUAUGGGGGCCACUGUGAAGCAUUGCAAUGGGGGCCACUGUGAAGCACUGCCAGGGGGCAACUGCUAUGGGGGCCACUGUGAAGCACUGCCGGGGGGCAACUGCAAUGGGGGCCACUGUGAAGCACUGCUGGGGGGCAACUGCAAUGGGGGCCACUGUGAAGCACUGCAAUGGGGGCCACUAUGUUGCUCUGCUGGGGGGCAACUGCUAUGGGGGCCACUGUGAAGCAUUGCAAUGGGGGCCACUGUGAAGCACUGCCGGGGGGCAACUGCAAUGGGGGCCACUGUGAAGCACUGCAAUGGGGGCCACUAUGUUGCUCUGCUGGGGGGCACUGCUAUGGGGGCCACUAUGUAGCUCUGCCGGGGGGCAUUGCUAUGGGGCCACUGUGUAGCAGCGUGAUGGGGGGCAACUAUGUCAGACUGCUGUGUGGGCCAGUAUGUGGCACAGUGAUGGGGGGGGCAGUAGGAAGUAAUUAGCCGCUGCUCAGCCUGCAGAAAUGUCUGAAAUGAAUAAAAUAACAAUAUUCCCCCCUUUCCUGGGGGGGUCGGGCUGACUCAAUAGGCCGUUUGGUGCUGAUUUCUGUAUAUAGUUUUAUACUUUUCUUUUUAAUCUGCUGCGGCAGGAAAUCCUGAUAUUUGUGUGAAUUUGCCCAAAGCUGCACUCGAUUGGCCAGUUCCAUGCUGAAUAAAGAUCCCUGUGAUAUUA